AGAUCAGGUGUUCAAACCUGCCAUCUCUCAGGUCCAUGGUUUUGGACUUACCUACCAUUCCCAAGAUGUUGUAUCAUCUAUAUAUGAGUAUCGAAACCAUAUAUAAAGAACUUCUGUUCCAGAAGGUACUUCAUUCAUUGACAUUUGCUUAGCUCACGGGUCUCCUUCAAUAUAUACCUCCUGAUAAGUUCCACCCACCAUGCCAGAAGAAAGAAUCUAUUCUUCUGGACGAGAAGCCUACUUCAACCUGAACUCAACAUGGUAUGACCCAGCAGGAUCCUGGUUAGAUACUCGCCGUAAACCCUUCCGCUAUGUCGAUAACACCGCCUGCGUGACGUGUUGCAACCCCAGGAGCAACGUACCUCGAAGAGGUGGCCAUAAUUACCGGUGCUACUGCUACCGCCAAUCCACUUGUACGCCAGGAGGAAACCCAAGGGUUAGAUGUUGUGUUCACAACCCUUCGGGGGGACCCCGUGAUUAUUGGGGGCGCCCAAUCGGCGAUGCCUGCGAUGGGUGUACCGGGGGACGCUAUUCUCACACGGGGUCAGAUUGUGGGUCAUGUUGUGGCUCUGGAGGAGGGACCGUGGCUUGUGCUCAACCAUGUGCUACAUCCGGAGGAGUGUGUGCCGAACCAAGUUGUAGACCUUCCGGGAGAGGCGUAUGCUCAGAGCCUUGCAUAACGUCUUCUGGAGGAUGUGGUAGUAGAAGAGGAGUAUGUGCUGAACCAGGUUGUAGACCUGCUGGGAGAGGUGUAUGUGCAGAGCCUUGCAUAACGUCUUCUGGAGGAUGCGGAACAGGAGUAUGUGCUGAACCAGCAUGUUUACCUUCAGGAUAUGGUAGGAGGAGGAGAGGGGCGUGCUUUGAGCCAUGCGCAGGAACUUCAGGUGGAUGUUGAAUGGCCGAAUUGGAGAAGGAACCACAGUCCAACUCUCUGUUCAGGACAGAAGCUAUAACAACCUAUUUGAUGGACCACCAUUCCCCGUUCCCUGUUUGAAGACCUCCAAUGAGGGACAUCUCACCACUUCAUGUGGCAAUCUGUUGUACUGGUUGACAACUCAUAAGUCACAGCUGUCAGGGUUCCAAAGGAUGCCCUAAUUAAAUCAUGAACCUCGA